AUUUGGGGGCUAUGAGACUCUGAAAGCAAAGAAAAUGGAUAAAAUGAGAAAAAUAUGGCAAUUUAUAAUUUACUCUAAUUUUUCCACUGCCUAUAAAUAGUCCCCCUCGUUCUGAAAAGUACCUACCCAACAUUAAUUCAGCCACCUAUUCUCCUUUGUUUUAUUGCCUGUACGAACCUCAUUGCCUUUGCGUUUUUCCAGCUAUAAUCGCACAAGAACGAAAGAUAACAAAAGACUGUUCAGAAAGCUACCUUUUUUUAGCUUAAUUGAUCUCUUUGAUAAGAUGGCCAAGAAUGUGGGAAUACUCGCCAUGGAAAUUUACUUUCCUCCCACUUGCAUCCAGCAGGAAGUGCUGGAGGCUCAUGACGGAGCAAGCAAAGGGAAGUACACAAUUGGGCUUGGCCAGGAUUGCAUGGCCUUCUGUACCGAGGUCGAAGAUGUCAUUUCGAUGAGUAUGACAGCUGUCACAUCGCUCCUAGAAAAAUAUGGGGUUGAUCCGAAACAGAUCGGGCGCCUUGAAGUUGGCAGCGAGACUGUUCUCGAUAAAAGCAAAUCCAUUAAAACAUUUUUGAUGCCGAUAUUUGAGAGAUGUGGGAAUACCGACAUUGAAGGUGUUGACUCGACAAAUGCGUGCUAUGGUGGUACUGCUGCUCUAUUUAACUGUGUGAAUUGGGUGGAAAGUAGCUCAUGGGAUGGACGUUAUGGCCUUGUUGUCUGUACAGACAGCGCGGUGUAUGCUGAGGGGCCUGCUAGGCCAACUGGUGGAGCUGCUGCUAUUGCCAUGUUGAUUGGACCAAAUGCUCCUAUUGCCUUUGAAAGCAAGCUUCGGGCUAGCCAUAUGGCUCAUGUCUACGACUUUUACAAGCCUGACCUUGCCAGUGAAUAUCCAGUUGUUGAUGGCAAGCUUUCUCAAACUUGCUACCUCAUGGCACUCGAUUCUUGUUACAAAAACUUAUGUGACAAGUAUGAGAAGCUGGAGGGCAAGAAGUUCUCGAUUGCUGAUGCCGAGUACUUUGUAUUUCAUUCUCCAUACAACAAGCUUGUACAGAAGAGCUUUGCUAGAUUGUUAUUCAAUGACUUCUUGAGGAGUGCCAGCUCAAUUGAUGAGGCCGCGAAAGAGAAGCUGGCUCCCUUUUCAUCGUUAACCAAGGAUGAAAGCUACCAAAGUCGCGAUCUCGAGAAGGCAUCUCAACAAGUUGCAAAGCCUUUUUACGAUGCUAAGGUGCAGCCAUCUACACUUAUCCCGAAACAAGUGGGGAACAUGUACACAGCAUCAAUCUAUGCAGCUUUUGCAUCCCUACUCCACAAUGAAAACAACACUCUGGCUGGAAAGAGGGUGAUAUUGUUUUCUUACGGCAGUGGUCUUUCAGCCACCAUGUUUUCUCUUUGUCUUAACGAGGGCCAUCAUCCUUUUAGUCUAUCCAACAUUGUGAAUGUCAUGAAUGUCUCAGACAAGUUGAAGUCGAGGCAUGAGUUUCCUCCGGAAAAAUUUGUCGACAUUAUGAAGCUGAUGGAGCACAGAUAUGGGAACAAGGACUUUGUAACGAGCAAGGAUUGCAGCCUUCUUGCACCAGGCACUUACUAUCUCACUGAAGUGGAUUCUAAGUACCGAAGAUUUUACGCCAAGAAGACUGCCGGGAAUGGAGUCGUAGCCAAUGGCCACUGAAAGACCGUUAUGACCCUGCUAGUUUAUGCCCGUGAAAUUUCCCUACUCGUUUUGUCGUUUUAGAGCCUAGGGGAAAAUAAUUAUAUUUUGAUUGUUCGAUACAAGCUGUUUGGCAGUCUACAUGUCUUGUACAACUUUGUUGAUCUAUUUUUAUUUUAUUUAUUUGAUUUGAUUUUGUAUCNGUUUCUCUUGGGAAAGAGAAGACCGAUAUGUCAAUGUCUUUAGAAAACAAUGUAAGAAAAAUAUUUUAGACAUUUUCAAAAGUAUGAACUAUCUUGUUGAAAAAUAUAAAAUAAAAACGUUAAUAUUCUUGUUUAAAAAAAA